UUAGAUCAUCUUAAUUACGCAAUUCACACUGUUAUCUAUGUUCGUGGCAAUGAAAUAGAAUAGAUCAAUGGCCAGUCUGAGUCAUCACGCUAGGAGGCACUCACUACUCGCUCAGUCACUCACAUAGUAACCAAUUCAUCGUCCGUGCGUUCGUGUUUCGCGCGCUGUUUGGAAAUAGAAUAUUUCUGUGCCUUUUAACUAGUAAUCAUUUCGUUAUAAAUCUUCUGUGAGUUCUUCAUUAACCUGUUUUACAUCCAUGUAACCAAAGGUCACCCUAAGAAAGUGUUCUGCCCUUGUCUGCACAUCUGGCACGGAGUUUGCGCCCCACACCCUUAUAUUUUGUACUUCUGUGCUUCGGUUGUGCGCAUGUGACGUGAUAUGCGGCGGAAUUAAGAGAACGUACCUAAAACUACACUAAACAAGGAAGCGUGUACCGUUUUCAAAUGGGCGGGUUAUCGAGAUAGUAUCCAAUAACAGGAUUUUCAGCACAUGGUGCACUCAGUCUGUUCUGAAAGUGAAACACCAUGCAACGUCCGCGAUGCAUCGUCUCAAGCACCAGGUCGGCACCCUCACCAUCCCCGUUCCUAGGCAGAUCCUGUCCAUACGAUGUCUAUUUCUCUUAGGUAUCGCCAGCUGCGCAAUCCUUUGGUUCGAAUCAACUUCACGCGACAACCAAUACACCGAGACCGACUUGGUGAACGAAGCAUUGAAAAAUGUUGCAAACGAUUUAAGAUACUACGAAUUGUACCGCCACCCAAAUAAAUUGCCAAGAGACCUGAAGUAUAUACUGCUAUGGACGCCUUACGAUUACUCACCGUUCUACCAACUUGGCAAAGGACAGAGAGCCUUCAUUGAGCAUAAUUGUUCGUCGAUUAAUUGCUAUAUCACCACUGAUAGGAAAUUCUUGGGCGGCGAUGUCACCAAAUUUGACGCUAUAGCUUUUAAUGGUCGCAACAUACACAAUUUAAGAUCUUGGGACCUGCCUCAACGAAGAUCGCCACAUCAGAAAUAUAUAUUUGUUAUCACGGAGUCAGCUGACAACUACCCAGUAUGUGAUGAGAAGUACGAUGAUUUUUUCAACUGGACUUACACUUACAGGUUAGAUUCUACAAUUCGGAACCAAUAUAUCAUAAUUAAAAAUAAAUAUGAUGAAAUUGUAGGUCCAAGAAAAGAUAUGGAAUGGGUAGAUAUGACUGCCAUUGAUGAAGAGUUGCCUUAUAUACAUAAUAAGACUAAAGCAGCAGCGUGGUUUGUAUCAAAUUGCGAUAGUAGGAAUAAUAGGAAUGAAUUUGUUAAGAAACUGCAGCACGAACUCAGUCUGUAUGGGCUAACCAUAGAUAUUUAUGGAAAUUGUGGAACGCUCAGGUGUCCAAAAUGGGCUCCGGAAUGUUUCAGUAUGCUGGAGAAAAACUAUUACUUUUACUUAGCCCUGGAAAAUUCUUUCGAUGAAGAUUACAUCACGGAGAAAGUGCUGACGGCGUUUCACCACAACACAGUGCCAAUAGUAUAUGGAGGGGCUAAUUACUCCAUGUUUCUACCACCACAUUCAUACCUAGACGGUCGGAAACAGACCCCAAAGCAGCUGGCCGCCACCAUGGCCAAAGCGAUAGAGUCAAGUGAAGAGUACCAGCGAUUCUUCUGGUGGAAGCGCCACUACUCUUACCCUGAACAGAACUCUUACUGUAUUUGCUCUCUCUGUUCCACCCUCAGUAAUAGUUCCAUGUUCAACACAUACAGUGUUUACAAAAACUUCCGAGAAUACUGGAAUCCGAAUUAUAAGAAAAGGUGCUAAGAUACGAACAUCAUAAAAAUAUGGUGAUAUGUUUGAAAGAGUCUGCUGCAAAGAUAAAUUUUCGUGCGACAUAACUUUUAUUUUCAAAAGUUACAUAAAAUUUUGAUGAAAUCAUGCCGAAGUUAAAAAAAAAUGAAAACUAAAUUUUUAAUUUUCUUGUCAAGGUUUUUAUUUCAAAAACCAAGCAGGUAAGUCUAAAAAGACUAGAUAGAUAUAUUUUCACUUUGGCAAAAUUUCACCGAAAUCUAUCUUUUGCAACAGAAAGUGAAACGUUCCAGAUAUGAACGCAGUUUUAACACCGUUAACGUUUAUUUAUGUCAAUUGUUAAAAUUUGCAAUCAUUAUAUACAAAUAGGAGUACGUGUUAAAGGCCUUAAAUUUAUAACAAAGCUUGUGGGACAACAAAUAAAGUCAUCAUAAGUUAUUGAAAAACAGUGUUCGAGUAAUGAAAUAUCUAAAUUUAAAUAAUUCGAUCUAAAGAUCUUAAUAUAUGUACUUACCUAAAGGAGAAUGACUAUAAGUGGUGUCGCUAACCUAAGUACCAAAGUUUAUUUUUAGGAUGAGUCCUUAGUUUGUAACUCUGUCUGAUUAAAAUAACCCUCCUAAUUAUAAAAUAAAUAAAAUCAACACGAAAACUUUAAAAAAAUUCAGAAUAAAAAAUCAGAAUAAAAAAAAUUGUUGAAUUAACAGAAUCAUUAAAGAUUUACAUACUCGUAUAUGUCAUUUAUUAAGUUUUUAAUACAAAUACUUGGUCAAUCUCCUUUGAAAUUAUAUUUGUGUACGCUUGUUUUACGAUAUUAAUUUAAAUUAUGAAAUAAUUAUGUACUUAAAUAAAACGGUGCUAGUUGUUGUUUGUAAAUUUGUAAAUAUUGUUAAUUUAUUUUUAGCUCUUAAUUUUAAAUCGAUAUUAUGUUCGUACAAAAUAAUGUACUUUGUUUUUAUUUGUGACCCAAAUUACGAAUAAAUUAGCACAAUUUAAAUAGAGAUUCUCAUAUGUUAUUAUCAACUAUUUCUAAGAUAUAAAUAGAGAAAGACGAAUAUUUUUAUCUCCCAACUCCGCCUAUUGAUACUGUUAGGUAUAUGAAAAACCAAAUUGUAUUUGUACUUAAUUUGUGCUAACUUUAUAACCAUUGUACCCGGCCAUUCACUACCUAUAUAAUACUUACUGCUGUUUCGGUCUAAACUUAGAACAAUAUAACAUAGUGACGGUCAAUUCAAGAACGAUAGAUAAAGCCCAAGUAUUAUUUUCUCUCUCGCUCUUACUCUGUGAUAAUUGGUAGAGAAAAAGAGAGGAAAUUUAAGACACAUUAUUAUGCCUUGUCAAAGUUCUGAAUAAGAUUUUCUAGAAGUGAAAUCCAAUAAUAGUUUACAUAAAAAUCAUUUAAAAGAGAUGCAUUGGCCGUAUCACAUAAAAAUAAUCAUGAAAAUAUGUAUAUUUCUAUAGUUUUCAUAAUUAAGUUUUGUUAUUUGCAGGUUUUUUUUAUAAUGUUAAAUAGUUUUGAAAUGAUAUUAAAGUUACAAU